CUGAAACCAAAGCAACAGUCGGAGCAGCUUUCAGAAUGACAGUCUGCAGAAGUGAGCUGAGCGUGUGCGGGGUCCGGGGCUCUUCUGCCUUCUGUGCUCCAACGCAGCUCUGUGGCUGAACUGGGUGCUCACCACCAGAAAUGCUGGGCUAUGGAAUACAGAUGUGGCAGCUCAGGUAGCCCCGCAUUGCCUGGAGGAAUACAUCAUGCUUUCCGAUAAGAAGAAACUGUAGAAGCCAGUUUUUUUUUUAAUCCCCCUCACCCUACCCGCAAAAAACAAACAAACAAACAAAAAAAAAACCUGUAAAGAUGCAAAAGCGUAAUAUCCAUGAAGAUCCUAUUACCUAGGAAGAUUUUGAUGUUUUGCUGCGAAUGCGGUGUUGGAAUUUAUUUGUUCUUGGAGUGUUCUGCGUGGCUGGCAAAGAAUAAUGUUCCAAAAUCGGUCCAUCUCCCAAGGGGUCCAAUCUUUCUUCCUGGGUGUCAGCGAGCCCUGACUCACUACAGUGCAGCUGACAGGGGCUGUCAUGCAAGUGGCCCCUAAGCCGAAGCGAAAGACCUAAGGACGACCUUUGAACAAUACAAAGGAUGGGUUUCAAUGUAAUUAGGCUACUGAGCGGAUCAGCUGUAGCACUGGUUAUAGCCCCCACUGUCUUACUGACAAUGCUUUCUUCUGCCGAACGAGGAUGCCCUAAGGGCUGUAGGUGUGAAGGCAAAAUGGUAUAUUGUGAAUCUCAGAAAUUACAGGAGAUACCCUCAAGUAUAUCUGCUGGUUGCUUAGGUCUGUCCCUUCGCUACAACAGCCUUCAAAAACUUAAGUAUAAUCAAUUUAAAGGGCUCAAUCAGCUUACCUGGCUGUACCUUGACCAUAACCAUAUCAGCAAUAUUGAUGAGAAUGCUUUUAAUGGAAUACGCAGACUCAAAGAAUUGAUUUUGAGUUCCAACAGAAUCUCCUAUUUCCUCAACAAUACCUUCAGACCUGUGACAAAUUUACGGAACUUGGAUCUGUCCUAUAAUCAGCUGCAUGCUCUGGGAUCUGAACAGUUUCGGGGCUUACGGAAGCUGCUGAGUUUACAUUUAAGGUCUAACUCCCUGAGAACCAUCCCUGUGCGAAUAUUCCAAGACUGCCGCAACCUGGAACUUCUGGACCUGGGAUAUAACCGGAUCAGAAGUUUGGCCAGGAAUGUCUUUGCUGGCAUGAUCAGACUCAAAGAACUUCACCUGGAGCACAAUCAAUUUUCUAAGCUCAACCUGGCCCUCUUCCCAAGAUUGGUGAGCCUUCAGAACCUUUACUUGCAGUGGAAUAAAAUCAGUGUCAUAGGACAGAGCAUGUCCUGGACCUGGAGCUCAUUACAGAGGCUUGAUUUAUCUGGCAAUGAGAUUGAAGCUUUCAGUGGACCUAGUGUUUUCCAGUGCGUCCCGAAUCUGCAGCGCCUCAACCUGGAUUCCAACAAGCUCACAUUUAUUGGUCAAGAGAUUUUGGAUUCUUGGAUAUCCCUCAAUGACAUCAGUCUUGCCGGGAAUAUAUGGGAAUGCAGCAGAAAUAUUUGUUCCCUGGUAAACUGGCUGAAAAGUUUUAAAGGUCUGAGGGAGAAUACAAUUAUCUGUGCCAGUCCCAAAGAGCUGCAAGGAGUAAAUGUGAUCGAUGCAGUGAAGAACUACAGCAUCUGUGGCAAAAGUACCACGGAGAGGUUUGACCUGGCCAGAGCUCUCCCAAAGCCGACAUUCAAGCCCAAGCUCCCCAGGCCGAAGCACGAGAGCAAACCCCCUGUGCCCCCCACCGUGGGAGCCACGGAGCCCAGCCCAGAGACUGAUGCUGACACCGAGCACAUCUCUUUCCAUAAAAUCAUCGCAGGGAGUGUGGCCCUCUUCCUGUCUGUGCUCGUCAUUCUGCUCGUUAUCUACGUGUCCUGGAAGCGGUACCCUGCCAGCAUGAAGCAGCUGCAGCAGCGAUCUCUCAUGCGGAGGCACAGGAAAAAGAAAAGACAGUCCCUAAAGCAAAUGACUCCUAGCACCCAGGAAUUUUAUGUAGAUUAUAAACCCACCAACACGGAGACCAGCGAGAUGCUGCUGAAUGGGACGGGACCCUGCACCUAUAGCAAAUCGGGCUCCAGGGAGUGUGAGAUACCUUUAUCAAUGAAUGUGUCAACCUUUCUGGCAUACGACCAGCCCACAAUAAGUUACUGUGGGGUGCACCAUGAACUCCUCUCUCAUAAGUCCUUUGAAACGAAUGCACAGGAAGAUACGAUGGAAACACACCUAGAGACUGAGCUGGACCUGAGCACAAUCACAACAGCUGGCCAAAUCGGUGACCAUAAACAGCAGCUGGCUUGACUGAGCUGCUCAGUAGCCAAGGGUUGCCACCAAACUUUGUAACCUCAAGGACAAAAUGAGGAAGAUUUGUUGGUUGUGGACUCUAAAAACAAACACAAACAAAUGGAACAAAACAAAAUCCCCUGUUAACACAAAAAUCCAAGAUUGAUUCAUGAAAUAAAGAAGACAUGAAUUGUUUCAAGUCUACACUUUGUAAUUAGCUAAGUUGUGCAGUAUUUUUUUGACUUAAAAAAGUUUGACCCUGAAAAAAGAAAAUUUUUUUUGCAAAACUCAUCCUACCUGUAAAAACUGUACAAAGCUAAUGUAUUUUUCAUAUUGUAAAGUUUCAAUGAAAGAACAACUGGUAUGUACAGUACCAUAAUUUAAUUACAUUUUACUUUACCAACUUUACACAUUUCAGUUUCUAAAAUUUUAAAUUAACAAAAAUUAUUUCUUGUGUUAUUCAGAGUUACUCAGUUUUUGUAGGGACUGUUUUGUUACUGCUUUGUGCCCAGAAACCUUUACUCUAAAAUUCUGUGCUGUGCGAAAUGUGCACGAUUUUUAUCAUGCUUACUGCGUAGAAUUUUAUCUACUUGUUCCAGAAAUAAUACAUUAACCAAAAAGGGUUUAAUUGUUGAGACUUGUAAGAAAUUCUUCAAUUACAUAGACAGGUUUUUCUUAUAAAUGAAACAAAAAUCAAAGAUUUUUUAACACUUCUGAGAAAUUAACUGUUGCCUUGAAUUACAGCCUAGUUUCUAAGCAGUGAAAUGUAAUGAUAAAGAGGGAUAUUUUAACAACAUAUUUCUGAAUGAAUGAGUCAUUAUUUCAUUCUUUUGAGUAAAGCAUCUUUAAGGGUGGGGGAAGCAUGGACAAAACAUCACUGGAAACAAAGGCCGUAACCACAGCAACAGACUUUGAUAUCCUUUAAAGGUACAGCUGCCAGUGACAAAAGGAAAACUUGUUACAUCUCAUUAUUUUAGGGCCAAGGUGGGAUGAUAGAGCCUAAUAAUUGCACAGUAGCGAUUUUUCUCCUAAUUAACCUGAAGUGGUUUGCCUAAAAAAAAAAUCAGUCAGUGCAAAAUGUGCCUGAUUUUAAGACAACUUCUCAUUUAGAUCUGUGAGGCUGUAUUUGGGGACUAUCUCAAAGGAAAUAUUUUCUGCAUUGCAUUGUGCACUGUGUCAAUUCUCUCCUGGAGGAGAAAUCUAAACAUCUACAGCUCGUUCAAUAUAGAAAUGAGCCACAGUGAAGAACCUUAUCACUCAACUAUACUGUAAACAUCCUUAAUUUGUCCUAAAUUGUUAAUAUUGCUAUCCAUAAUGAUAUCCACCUCCACAAUAUUUGAAAAAUUAUCCAGAGUAAUUUGAAACCACUCCAGAUCACAUAUUGGUUACAUAAUUGUAUUAUAAGUUGAUUUAAAUCAAAUUAUGAAACUUGACUUUUCAGAAACUGAAAUAAUCAACUUGCUUCUGUUGUUCACUUGACAGACUAUUGUUUGAAAAUACUGUUAUUUUAUUUGAUAUUCACACAUUCUUCUGUGUUUAAUAUAAAACUACAAGUUUCAAUUGCUGUUGCAAUAAGGGAAGUGCUUUUUUAUGUUGCCAUUUCAUAUUCAUGACAUCAAAAAUAGGUUGAGAAUAUGUCAGUUUAACAGGUCAAACAAUCAAAAACAAGAAAAGAAUUUGUGAAAAACAAUGUCAAACUUACUUUAUUUCUUCCAAAGAAAUUAUAUUUAUAAAAGUCCAGUUUUAUGCAGGUUUAUCAUGGCAAAUUUAAGAGCAGCUUCCAGAAGAAUGAACUUUAAAAAUGUACAGCAAAUUUUUGUUGAAAAUAUACAAAAUCAUAAAGAAAAAGCAAAAUGUUGGAAGAAGCAAACUCUUACCAAUUUAAAUGAAACUAAAUGCCACAGUACUUGUAUCAACUAUUUAGCAUCCCAGAUUUUGUAGCAUGUUUUACAUAAAUUAUUUGCUAUUCAAAAAUUUUUGUCACUUUAAGUCUAAUUUUAAUUUUUAUUUCUCCAGUUUCUAAUUUCCUUACAAUGUAUUGCUGUCAGAGUAUUCUUAAUCCUCUGCACUGAAGUUUUGCCUUGCUCAUUUAGCAAAUCUACAGAGGGUUAAUUAUAAAUCUAUUUGUGGGUCUGAAAUAGGAUGCAAAAUGUUAUUUAUUAUGUAUACCAAAAUAUCAUUUGCAAUUUUUCCUCAUUAGAAGUUGUCCUUGCAAAGAUUCAAACAUCAUUUAAUUUGCAAAAAUAAGCACUCUAUGCCUAUUUCCAGACCUCUUCAAAUUGAUAAAUGAUUUUUAGAAAUUUUAAGGUUCCAGGGAGCCUCGCAAACAUAUGCCCUUCAUUUCCUGAAGCAAACCACUUUUUCUUAAACAUUUUAAGUUCAUCUAACAACCAUAAAUAGAAGCCGUCACCUUGAAACCAUAGCUCUGUGCAUGAGAUGAUUUACUACUACCGUAAGAGCCAAAUAAAACUAAGAAUUUUGAGAUUUCUUAUAUUUGAAGUUAAACCCAAAGUAUCUUUAACAACAAAAGAAGGAGAUGCUGGAUUAUUUGCUUGCUUACUUUCUAUUUGCCACAUCCAGGGGUAGAGGCAGAGAAAACCUGCUAGGGGAGACGGUGUCUGGAAUCUAUCAUACACUGGCAACUUACAAAUUUGUGUCUAAAAUCCUUAUUUCUAACCUGUCUUUUUUAGCGUUGGUAAACUCCAAUUUUCUCUCUCUAACCACCCUGCCCCAUGUCUCCCUUCCAGUCCACUGCUCACUUCUUUAAACAACUGAAAUGUUUAUGUGUUUAGAGUUGAAAAUGCAGAGUUUGACCCAGCAUGGUUACAAUAACAGGAGUACCUGCAGUAAACAAUAGUGUUAUGCAGCAUUCUGAGGUAUCAAAACCACAUUUCACAUAAAUUAUCUCAUAACCACCCUAUGAAGAUACCUUAACCUCAAAGUUGGGACCCGCACCACCACCCAGGAACACAGGACUAAUAUUGAUGGAGUUGAACCAUUCUCAAAAUUCAGAGUCUACUAGUUUUCCCACUAUAUUCAAGUCUUCUCUCUCUGAUCAGAGCCAGAAAAUUGCCAGAGAUAGUAAACAAAUGAAAAAAAACAUAUAGUUGGACAUGUUGUUUAGUAAUCCAUAAUUUAAUUCAGUUUCUCUAUCUGUGUAAUAUAUGGGCUAAAUGAACUCUUUCUAUGUGCUACUCUGGGCUCUCAUGUUAAAAUUCUUUGCUCAAAAAGUAUAGCAACUCACAGAUUUCUUAACAUAUCACUUGUAAAUGAUAUGAUGAACUGAUUACAAGAACUGGAUAUAUAUAAGCCCCAAGGUAUGAACAUAAAAUCAAGAAGCACAAGGAACGAAACCAAAGACCAUCUAAACUGAGAUUGUGUGCGUACUUAUAAAACAGGUCCAUAGUGUGAGGUUAAACACACGUUCAACACAUGUUCAAUUCAGAGCUAAUUGGGAAGAGCUUCACAAUUUUUCUUCUUUUCCUUUCUUUUGUUUCAGUAAGAGUAUUUCUUGAACCAUGAAUUCUUAUACCUGUCUCAAUAAAGAAUAAUUUUCUCUAUUCUCUUUCUAAUAAGAAUGAAAUGCAAUUUAUCCAAACUGAUGUGUAGAUAUGCUAAAACAUAAACUAAGAGGUACAUAAUAUUUUCCUGAUCAGCUCACUUUAAUCAAGUCUCUUCCAUAUUCCCUCCUGGAUGUUCUAGAAAACAAAACACCAUACAGAUUUUAAUGCAAAUUAUAUUUUUAGUAGGAAAGAAAACUUGCCCAAAUCUAACAUUUGAGACAAAUUCCAUAAUCCUGAUUUGAUUAUCAGUUCAGUCUGACUCCACAAAGUGCUUAAAAAUAGAAAAAUCUUUUUGCAAAAUAUUUUCUGAAUUAAAACCACUGACCGUGGGAAUAAAGGUAUAUAUUUGGUUUUGUCUGCUCCUGGCUGGAAGAGAGAGAUCACCUCUCAAACUACACAUUCAAAAGAAGUAAAGAAACUGAAAGCAUGGAAAUGGGUAUCUGAUGUGACCUCUUAAUAAAUUAAAAGAUAGAAACUCAGAUGUGCUGGGGAAAUGGCAGCACAUGAAAGGAGAGUAAAUGUGACUGACAGAUAUUUGGCCUCAGGAAAGAGGGUGGGAAAUCUCUGGAGUAGGUACAGUAACAUUUCACGCCAACAUAGCUCUUAACAGUUUCACAUUGGGUAAUAGUAUAACCACCUCAUAACAGAGAAAGUCCCAAGGUCCAGGAGGGUUGGUUAAGCAGUAAGAAUACAGAUGAGUCGGUCUGCAGUAAGAACUUCCAACUACUUCUAUGACCUUCUCAACUCACAGCAGCUGUCCCUAAGUAGAGAGGCACCCAAGGGCACUGCCUUCAAAAUGCUGAUGUACCCACAGGGAUAGAGUAGAUUCACAAUCAGCAAUUGUGCUUCAUUUUACUAUCAACAGUAAUGGGGAAGUAAUAGUCAAAAACUAAAAAAAAAAAAUACCAGAGUGGUAAUGGGUUAUUUUUAAAAUGUCUCUCGUGUGCAUUAAGAUUUCAUUGUGAGAUUGGAAGCUGCUUAUAUUUAACAUUUUUUUAAUUUAAGGUAAAAUUCACCUUUUAAAAAGUCAGUAGUUGAUUAUUUACCUUUUUAAGAACAAUGAUCCUAAAGCAACAGAGUGCCUCAACCAUUUAGGUCUUACACAACUCUCGAGUCUCCUUCUCCUCCCUCCCAAACAUUUAUAUAGAUUUUGUUUUACGUACAUGUCUUCCUGAGAAGCUAAGUGAAAUUUGUUUUGUGUAAGUCAAAUAAUAUUUCAAAUGCAUCAGGAGACCUUUUGAUAAAAGAUCCUUGAAGUAAAUCCCUUUUGUUUUCUAAUCUUAACCAUUACCCACUAACUUAUCUUUUGCAAACUGAUUUCCAUGUAUCUUAUGUUAUAGGAUGCAGCACACUGUACCGUAUGACCUUGAAGUUUCUAUGAUGCAGUUUGCCUCACACUAUAUAAAAUGAAGGACUGACUCUAGGUUUUGAGCAGCUGUAUAGACAGUAUAGAAUGAUCAUUUUCAGUCAAUUUCAUUCAUUCAUCAGGAUUAAAGCAAAAAAUAGUAUUAUCACAUGGAUGGAUAAAGUUGACAGUAAUUUUUUUCUUUUAUUGGUUUAAACUUCUGAUACCUAUCAUAUCCUUCAUAAGAAAUCAAAUGACCACAAAUCCUCUGCAAGAUUUGCUCAAUCAGAUUCUCUGGAACUAGUCUCUGAUGCAUGUUAAAUUUUGCAAAAUACUGUUCAAAUGAAUUUACAUUUACCAAGUCAUUCAAUUUCCUUUUAUUCUAGAGUAAAUUUAUUAAUUCUUGUGCUUUCCUAUGCCAUUGUGGAUCUAGUUUGCUAAGCCUGGCUGAACAUUUUUCUUGACUGGAGUAAUGCAUAACAAAAGACAACUACAUUUAACAUGGUGAGGCUGUUUGCUGACAGAGUGUGUUGCUUAUAGAUUUUGCUCCCCAUUAGCUCUUUCAACAGGACUAACUGAAAAUAGUCUUAAAUCAGCUAGGUUAUUCACUUAAAUUAUUUGCCCCAUGUAUAGUAACAUAACAGCUGAAAUGCUGAAGGUAGGGAGAGAGGAUGAAAUUCAUUUAUGAUUUAUCAGGCACUGUGCUGUCCUCAUCUCAUGCUCGAACUAUCUAGAAAAUAGGUAUAACCACCAUUUUUAAAAAAGAGAAAAAUAAGGGUCAUGGCAGCUAAAUAAUUAGAGUUGGGAAUUCAAAUUUUCUUCAUGAGACUAAGAAUGUAUACAUGUAUAAGAAUGUAUAACAAUCAGCAAUUGUGCUUCAUGUUACUAUACUACCACCCACUAGCAUAUUUUAAAAAGGGAGAAAAGUCUAUAAUCAAUAUAAUUAGGCUCAUAUAUUUUAACAGCACGUAUGAAGACAGCAGAGAAAGAAUUUACUUUCCUGUUCCUAAACAGGAAAAUUGCAUAAACUAUUUCACUGUAUAAAGAUUUUUUCAAUACCCCAUGUUAACAUCUUAAUGGAAAGAAAUGUCCAUUACUUUCUUAAAAUGUAUUUUUAUUUCCAAUUUUCCUAGAUAUAUUAUAAAAUUAUAACAAAAAUAUGAUAUCCACAAUAUAAUCUUCAACUGCCAAAAAGUGAAGGGAAGGUUGUCAAAUGAAGCAAAACAAUAGAUGAAAACUCAAUAAAAUAACCACAUGAAGUAAAACACCAGUAAUCUACAGUGGCAGCAUGCUAACUGGAAAUAACAUGGCUUGAGUUGCACAAUAUUUCCUGCCAAUAAUUUACAUGGGAAUAUUUUUUCCCAGGAGCAUUAUUACUUAUAAAAAUGGUAUGGGAUCUGGGAGCACACUACAUAAAUAAGGCAGGAUAACCUUUAUAACAAUUAUUAAUAACAAUUAUAGAAUAUAAUUGCCAU